CCUCUCACAAGUCACAACUCUCCCCUGUUUUCCCCUGCUUUUCUCUGUUUUCUUUUUCACAUUUUUACGCUCAUUUCAUUUAAAAACCCCGUCGACACCGCCUUAAACCCUUUUGGAUUCAUCAGAAUCUCUUCAUAGCCGCUCGCUCUCUCUCAAACCUUCUAUAUAUUUUAUAUUUGGAAAUUUGGGAUGGGUGACUUGAGAAUUCGGGCUCUUUUUGCAUCUUACUCUGUUUUUGUUUGGAUAUCUAGUGAAUUCCAGAACAGAGAUUAGAAAUUCAUCUUGUUUUUGGAUUUUUUUAGCCUAAUUAGGAUCUGGGUUUUGAUUCUUUCCCUUUCUUCUCAAUUGAUUUUUCAGCAAAUUUUUGUUUGAUUUGGUUUCUUUUUUUUUUUCCAAAGCUCAUCCCUCCCCUGUUUAUAGAAUCAUCAGUUUGAGAGAGCGGGCGGCUAAGAUAUCUUGGUUGAAUCCAUGGAUGCAGCUAAGGAAGGUGGAAAAUCCAAGAAGAGUGUGGGAGAAACUAGGGAUAUGGUAGGUAGGGAGAGAAGCAAGGCCGGUGAUUUUGAUUUAAGCUUAGAGAGGCGACAAUGGAAGCCAGUUUUUGGUGAAGCUUCCAUGUCAAAUAGGCCUCUGAAGAAGAUUCGAAGCCCAGAAAGAAGAGACUCAUCUCUGUCUUCUUCUUCUUCUUCUUUAGCUUACCAACCUCCUUCUCCUUCACUGCCUUCUACAGUUUCAGCUAGUUCUGCUGCAUGUCUCAAUCUUCCUCCUCCAUCUUCAAGAAUUGUCUUCCCUUUUGCUUUUGAUGGUUCACAACAAAUGGAGAUCCCUCAACAAUUCAGAACAGCCCCUUUGGCUAUGUUCCCGCCACCACCGAUGCAGCAGACAUCACAAAAUCAGCAACAAAUGAUCUCUUUUGCUCCUCAACACCACCACAGCAUGGCAAGUUAUCCAGCCUUUCUUGCUGGAGACUCGGGUUUGCAACAGCAGCAGCUUCUGCAGUAUUGGAGUGAUGCACUAAAUCUUAGUCCUAGAGGGAGGAUGAUGAUGAUGAACAGGUUGAGUCAAGAUGGACGGAACUUUUUUAGGCCUCAGGCACCGCCAAUAUCAACAACAAAGCUUUACAGAGGAGUAAGGCAGCGACACUGGGGGAAAUGGGUGGCUGAAAUUCGCCUCCCUCGCAACAGGACUCGCCUUUGGCUUGGUACUUUUGACACCGCCGAGGAUGCUGCAUUAGCAUAUGAUCGCGAGGCCUUCAAGUUGAGAGGUGAGAAUGCACGGCUUAAUUUCCCUGACCUUUUCCUCAAUAAAGACAAAGCAGGGUCCAAUGCUCCCAGUUCAUCAUCCUCUUCUCCUCCAACUCCCCAUGAAAAUUCGCUUUGGGGCAGGUCUCAGAACCAGCCUCAACAAGCUCCAGAAGGUUUAAAUUUGCAGGAUUCUGAGGUGGGGAUGCUUCCACCACCGGCUCCAUCUCCAGGAUAUGAUUCCAAUAAUGAAUUGGGAUUGGGAUUGGGUUCCAGCGAGGCUGCAGCAAGAAAUGAAGUUCAGAAGAGCUCGAAUGCAGGGGAGAGUGUAUCAGAGUCACCACCAGAGUUGGUUUGGGGGGAAAUGGCAGAGGCUUGGUUCAACGCAAUUCCAGCUGGUUGGGGUCCAGGCAGUGCUGUUUGGGAUGAUUUGGACACCUCCAAUAAUCUUCUUCUGCAAUCAAAUCUUCAUUUUGGCAAUGCCCAUCAGCAGCAGCAGCAGGCAUUCAAUGAUCCUGAUUCUGGGAGGCAGCAAGAUAACUUGGACUCUGCUUCAUCAUCUUCUUCUUCUUGUCCCAUGAGACCCUUCUUUUGGAGGGAUCAAGAUCAAGAUUGAAACUUCACCCACAUUCAAAUGGACUUUUUCCAGAUUCAGAUAUGCAAGCUGAAAAAUUUUUCAAAAGACCAACUGAGACCUCUUUGGAGUUUCAUUACUUUUGAAUCUUCAAACCCCCUUUGGCUUUUGCAUCAUUUCUACUUUCAGUAAGUUCCACUCAUGAUUCUUCCUACAUCCUCCCUCCACUCCCAUCUGCUGCACAAAGGCUGCAUAUUUUUCAGGCCUUUCAGCAGUGGCACCUCAAUUCAUGCUCUAAGGGCUAUGCCCUUUAGUUUCUAGAGGUAGUAAAUCAGGCAUGUAUGUAGGUAAUGUUAUUGCCUUUUUUAGUUGGUUCUUGGCUGUUGAUGUUGUCAUGGAGAUGUAGUUGUAGUUGUAGUUGUAGGUCAUCUAGUUAGGGACCAGAACAGAGGGGAGACAGUUUUGUGAUCUCCUUCUCCAUAGGUCAGGUCCAUCCAUCACGAGCCCUGUUUUUUAUCUGCGAGGAUGGAAGCACUCUCUAGUUCUGUACAUUUUCAAGUCUGUUGUGAUCAUACCACUGUAAUGUCAUGUCUUUUUUUUUAUCAACAAGAGUAUGUUGCAACUUUUUCUUCA